AUGGAACAACCCGAGGCCUCGAGAGCCGUCUUUCAUAAAUACCUGCGCGCCUUCUAUCCUUUUCAUUCCACAGAAUAUGUCUCUCCACCGACGAUCACCCUUCCAUUAGAUCAGGGCAAUAUCAUCAUGGUUCACUCCGUUCACACCAAUGACUGGGCCGACGGAACCUCGUUAGAUUCUGGGAAUCGAGGCUGGUUCCCUACCAAUUAUUGCGAAGAAUAUGAUCAACUCCCUAUGCGCCCCUUGUUGAAGGCACUGAAAGUCUUUUGGGACACUAUCCUAGAUGGAUGUGGCUCAUCAACAAAGGAUUUCGGUAAUCAAGACCUGAUGCGAGGCCUCAUUUCUGGUGUUCGUUUCCUUCUGGAAAAGUCUGAGUGCUUAACUAGAGAAGCACUCCUCGUCAAGAACCAUGAUGGGCUUCGCCGAAUCCGCAAGGCCUUGCUUUCUGAUCUUUCAUCGCUCGUCAAGACCGCCAGAAGGUUUCAAGAUGUUGCUAAUGACGCGCCGGCGGAGGAUGAGGUUGAGGGUAUUCUGGAUGAGAUGCUCCUCAAAGCUUUCAAGAUUGUCACCCGUGGUGUUCGCUUCCUCGAUGUCUGGGACCAGGAGGUUGGUCUAAGUAGGACAGUUGCAGAGAUGGAGGCGGCAGGUACCCAAUACGAUCUGCCCCCAACGCCAGCAUCCGCGACAUUCUCCUUGGCUGACCCUGCCCCGACUUCCGAUACUUGCACCGGACGAAAUGAGUCUCGGCAGAUGAGCCCCAGUCGUAUGGACUUCAGCGGCACGUCGAUGCGAACCGAGACACUGGAUCAGCAGUCUCGUCUCAUGUCUAUGUCGACAAAGAAUGUCCCGGUAUCCCACCAGGUCUCGCUUUCUGGUCCCUCGUCAGCCGUUCGUGCGCAGAAUCUUGUGUCGGAGCGUCUGGGGACCUCGUAUGAUGCUUUUCUAGGUGUGUUGGGAAGUUUCAUUGGCCUUCACAUGCAGUCACACUCGUCAACUGAGCUGGCAAUAACCACCCAGCAGGCCGUGCAGUCUUGCUGGACUUUUCUGAAUGCGAUCGAGGCCAUCUGUGGGCAUGAUGCCCAGCGAAGUGCGCUCCUGAAUGAGGCACGUAAGUCGAUGAAUGAGAAUCUCAUAGAGCUGGUCCACGCCGCGGGAGACGUGUUCCGGCCUGCCAAAUCUCACGACGAUGACCUGGUCUUCAUGCCAGAUGAGGGGAAGCGAAUGGUUGUCGCUGCAACGGAUUGCGUCCGCGCCGCUGGUAAUUGCCUGGCCAAGGCUCGCCUGGUGCUGGAGCAAAUCGGCGACAUCGAAUUAGACCCUGUCCAGGAGGAAACCACCACCGACCAGGACGUGCUAGGCAUUGUCACCUCGCAAGCGUCCCCUGACACGCCGACUGACCAGGAGAAACCGCAAGAGCUCCCACGUAGUCUUUUCCCUCCGCCUCUCACGAUUCCAAGCUUGCCCAACUCGCCAUCCAUACCUGGCCUCACGGAACAAAUUAGCGACAUCGAAUUAGACCCACAAAGCCUAGAAAGUCCCAUAUCACUGAAUCAAUCAGAUGCCGUGGACUUUUCCUUGACUAAACCACUCAGUGUGGACCAAAAUUUCUCUGCCACAAUAGGGUCGGUGUCUCAAUAUGCGUCCGAGCGAGUAUUUUCUGCAGGUCAACCUUCCACUCUAGACAGUCAAAAUGCCUUAACAGCCCCGACAGCUGCCACGACACCAACAUCUUCAGAAUUGGAGUUGGAGACAGAAGAUCUUCGAACAAUAUAUUCCGAUACCUUGACCGUGGAUGCCUCGAUCAAAGAUAGUUAUGUUAAUGAGCUCGCUCAUGAGCUUUUCAGAGUCAUAUCUACCUUCCGAUUAGACUCUGCAUCCAUCAAGCGCGUCGCUGAUGCCAUGCCUGGCUGCCUAAAAGCCUUUUCAUUGAGACUAGGGUGUACUAGCUCAUCGCAACAGGUCCAGCGAGACGUGACUGUGUUCAUUCACAAAUACAGAUAG